UACGUGCAAACAUUAAAAUUUAGAAGAGAAUUGAAAAGUCUUGGUUAAACGAAAUAAAAAUAUUGAAGGUCUCGAUAUCAUUAAGCGAAUGUAAGUUACUUCACUGCAUUCCUUAUUUUCUUUUGUAAACUAUAUGAUUCUUAAUAACUAAAUUAAUUUUGCAGAAUAUUUUUUCGAAUUUCCGUAUAUAUAUAUAAAUGGUAAGACCAAUAUAACGAGAAUUUAGUUAAAAAUGGCAAUCACUAUUUAUCCUAAAUCGGAACACAUAAAAAUAUCAAUGAUAUUUUCAUCCUUCCUGGGUUUAUUUCCAUGGGAGUUUAUGUUUGUCAAAAACCCAUUGCUGCAAAAAACUUACGCUGCUUAUUCGAAACUAAUAUUUUCAUAUACGCUCUUUCUCAUUGGAACAGCAUAUAUUGAGCUUUUCUUUAUUUUUCAACGAGGAAAUGUUAGGAUGGAAGAGUUGUCUCAUAAUUUAACUGUUACCCUAAUCGAAACUAUAACCGUUAUAAGACAAUUAAUUAUGAAAUUUAGUCCAGGCUUUAAACAUAUUUUAAGACAUAUUAUAAAUAGUGAGGAAAAAGUUAUGAAAUCUAAGGAUCAAAAGCUUAUUAAAAUUUACCUAGAUUGCGCUACAGAUACAAGAAAUAAAACUUUACUUUAUAUGGCAAUUUUAUUAGCCAUUAGUGUAUUGUACGCAAUACGUCCAAUUUUAAGAGGUUCUUACAUACAGAAAGUGGGAAAUGACACUGUAUUAUUAAAAACAUUACCUUUGUCAAUCUGGAUGCCUUUUGAUACACAAACUUACUAUGCAAGAGCCUAUUUAUGGCAAAUGUUUUUCUGUUUGGUUGGUGGAUCAUUUGUAGCAUACACAGAUAUUUUUAUGUUUAACUUAAUUUCAUAUCCAUCGGGACAGCUUAAAAUGUUGCAUCAUCAGCUAAGUAACUUUGAUUUAUAUAAACAGAAAAAUAAAAUAAAACACCAGCUACAAGAUGACAAUGCGGCAUCGGUAACUUUUAUUUGGUUCAUCAAGGAACAUCAGGAGAUUAUUAAAUAUAUAGACUACUUUAACGAUGCAAUGAGCAUGUUAAUGGUAUUUGAUUUCUUACAAAGUUCACUCCAGAUCGCUUCAAUUUUCACUCAAGUUAAUGAUCUUACGUUGAAAAUGUUUAUUUUUGUGGCAGUGUGCUUUAUUGGUAUGAUUAUCAGAUUAGUUUUGUAUUAUUACUAUGCAAAUGAAUUAAUUAUACUAAGUAUAGGUUUGGGGGAUGCAAUUUGGAAAAGUAAUUGGUACGAGCAACCAAAAGCUGUAAAAUUCAUGAUACAAAUAUUCAUACUAAGGACGCAGAAGCCACUUAAGUUUUUUAUUGGCCCCUUUGCAGUUAUGUCCUUGGAGUCAUUUAUUUCUAUCCUGAAGGCAACAUAUUCUUAUGUAACUCUGUUUAUGCGUCGUCACAUUAACAAUUAGUUUAUACUUAAAAACUUUUAUUUCAAUUAGUAUAAAAAAUAUUACUCUUUAGGCUUAGUUCUUCUGUGUGUAAAGAUUCUUUUACACACAUAUGUAAACCUUCUGUAUUCUAAACUAUUAGAAAACCAACCCAUGUACCUAGUGCUAAUAACCAUAAUUAUAAUGUAACGAAAAAUGUAGUUGUCUUAUAUAUCUAGGAUGUCAAAAGACCCUUUUGAAAAUUUGAAGAACGUACUUUAACAUCUAAGAUGUUUUAGUUUAGUUGGCUUGUAGUUAGCAUAUUGUUGGGGAUUGCAACCUUAAUCAGUACUAUUAUGGUCUUACGCAUCUUUUGCAUCCACCAUUAAAACAAUAGCAAGGGUUAAGUAUUUCAAACUUACUAUUUAAUUAAGAUUUUUAGAUAAACUUCUUGGAAUCAUAACCAACGAAAUACGGAAAUGCGGAAUAAAAUAUGCACCGCAGAUCUGUAGUCUUAAAAGUUAACAAAUUAAUACAAAAUAAAUAUUAUAAUAAACUUAGUAAUUAGAAUUCUAAUUUACGUUUGGUUUCUUUUUGUAGUUUUAGAUCUUACUGAUAAUAAAUACUUUAUGUUUCCAAGCCAGUUUAUUAAAACAAAUCUCAUUUAUACAUUUUAAAAAAAGGAAAUAUAUGACGAAUAUAAAAAUAAAAUAGUUCUGAAAUACUACAGCG